AGCGUCGUGUCUCCCCCUGCAGGCUGGUUCAGGCAGUGUAGCAUCAUCUCGUACAGUCGAGACGUCGACAUCGGCAUUUUCAUCGAGGACUUCCGGUCGGACAUCGUCGCAGCGUUCAGGAACGCCGGACUGUCACUCAAACACAAGUUUGGAAAGGUGGGGGACAGUCUGGAACUUUCCUUUCUGAGUGACGACGUCAAACUGGACGUUUUCUUUUUCUACGAUGAUGGAGGCGUCGUUUGGAACGGAGGAACUCAGGCGAAGAGUGGAAAGAAGUUCAAGUACAUCUUCCCCCGGUUCUCGUUGUGCUGGGCGGAGUUUCUGGAGCUGAAGGUUCGUGUUCCCUGUGAAACGCUCGACUACGUGACGGCGAACUACGGUUCCACCUGGAACGUCCCGGUGAGGAGCUGGGACUGGAAGUCGUCGCCUAGCAACGUGCAGGAGAAUGGGGUGUGGCCUCCAGCCGAGUGGGUGGAGCUUAUUCAAGUUUACUGAGAAGGAAACUACAAACACCGAAACUACAAAUAAAGAUGAAAAUAAAACU